UCGGAUAACAUAUAUAAACGAGAGGGUGAGAAUGAACAACAGUUGAGAGUCGCAGCCAUGUCCGUGACCUCAACUAGCACUACUUCAUCUUCUCUCCACUCCAAUCCCAAAUUCUUCUUCCUCUCUAACCCCAUUUCUCCUUCUCCCCUCUUUCUCCGCAAACUUUAUGGCCGACGCCGGAACCCGAAUUCGGCCGGCGCCUUCUCCAUCAAGGCUUACAUGGAGAGUCCCAACUCUCUGUCCGGUUUUGCAAGUAAGGUGAUCGGAUCUCUGCCUGUGGUCGGACUGAUCGCGAGAAUUCUGAGCGAUGAAGGCGGCGUCGGCACUGACAUUAUCGAUUUUGCGGAGUUUCGUAGACGAGUUGGGAAGAAAUGUACGAUUAUGGAGUCUAAAGCUUUCUAUGAAUUUCAAGAAAGAAAAGGCAAGGCUGGAGAGCCAUUGUAUGUUCUAUUGUGCUGCUGGCUAGCAGCCGUGGGAGCUGGUUUGCUUAAAUCAGAGGAAAUUUUGGAAGGAGUAGCAAGGCUUAGGAUUUCAAAUGAUAUUGAGUUUGAAGAAGAGACUUUCCUUGCUAUGAUGAAUGAGGCUAGAGAGAAACGAGAAAAACUAAAAGCGGCUGUUCCGAACAUUCCGAUGGAGGUUCGAAUCGAGAAAGCACUUGAUGCCAUUUACGUUUGUUCAUUUGGGAGAGACCCAAUAGAGGAAGAUGAUGAGAAACUUUUAGUCAUCAUGUUGAGUGCUGUUUUUCCAUCUGUUGGGGAAAUUGAGAUUCAGAGGAUUUUGAAAGAGAAAGCAAUUAGAAUUGCUGAAGGUAAGGACACUGCCAUUGUUCCAGAGCCACAGCCUUUGUCAAAAGAAGCUAUUUUAGCCCAAAUGAAGGACCUCCAAUUUCUCCAAGAGAAUAAUGAAACUUAAGAGUCAUAAUUUAGUUUAGUUUGUUUGGUUGUUUUGUCAAUUUGUAAGAGUUUGAAUCUUUUGCUCCACAGUUUUCUAAAGUUGGCUGUUAAUUAUGGUAUCUAUAUGAUUCGAGAUUAGAGGAGUGAGUUUAAUUAAAAUCCAAUUAAUAUAGUUUGUUCAUAAAUCUAAAACGUUCUUUUUGGACAUU